CAUAACAACUCUCUCCACAGAACAAACCCAGCCUUCUCCUUCAACAUUUCAUCCCCAUUAGAUCCAUUCUCCACAGGGUCCGCGAUCUUCACCCAAACGGGCACCGUUUGGGCACUCUGUCAAAGCUUCACUCACCUCUGCUCAAUUUCACCGGAGAAAAGCUCAAUCGGUGCGGGUCUAGGUUUCCAGAUCUCGCACUCUUCCAGGUGGUUAUGUUAUUGUGAAGCUUCAAUUUGGGAAGCUAGGGCUUGGAACAAUGCAUGCCAAGGGUACUUCGUUUCGGGAUCGGACAGAGGAGUUUCAGAAGUAUGCUGCCACGUUAAAGAAGUCGUUCUCGUCGGCGCCGGGGCCGGAGUCGUCGCAUAAUGGGCCGAGUAGUGGAUCGAGAUUCCAGGAAAAUCAAGCGGCGGUGUCGAGUAAAUCCGAGUUUAAUCUGAGGGCUGCCAGAAUUGGCAAAGGGAUACACUCGACGUCGCAGAAGCUUUCAAAACUGACACAAUUGGCGAAGAGGAGUACUGUUUUUAAUGAUCCAAGAAAGGAAAUUGAGGAGCUGACAACAGUAAUCAAGCAGGAUAUUACUGCACUCAACUCUGCAGUGGUAGACCUUCAGCUCCUAUCUAACUCCAGAAAAGAAAGUGGGAAUAUUUCUAGUGACUCAACUAGUCAUUCGACCACAGUUGUCGAUGACCUAAAAAACCGGCUUAUGACCACCACAAAAGAGUUCAAAGAAGUCCUCACCUUGCGAACUGAGAAUUUGAAGGUUCACGAGAAUAGAAGACAACAGUAUUCAUCUACUGCCUCCAAGGAACCCACAAAUCCUUUUGUUCGGCAGCGUCCACUGGCUACCAGGUCAGCUGCUAGUUCUUCAAGUGCAUCUCCUCCUCCAUGGGCCAAUGGAUCAGCAUCGUCCUCGCAGCUGUUCCCAAAGAAAGAGCCAGAUGGGGAGGGUCAACCAUUGCUCCAGCAACAGCAUCAGCAGCAGCAACAACAGAUGGUUCCGUAUCAAGACAGUUACAUGCAGAGUAGAGCUGAAGCUUUGCAAAAUGUUGAGUCCACCAUUCAUGAGCUGAGUAAUAUUUUCAACCAGCUGGCGACAUUGGUUUCUGAGCAAGGGGAAGUUGCCAUCAGAAUUGAUGAGAACAUGGAAGACACAUUGGCGAAUGUAGAGGGCGCACAAGGGCAAUUGCUGAAGUAUCUGAGUAGCAUAUCAUCAAAUAGGUGGUUGAUGAUCAAGAUAUUCUUUAUAUUAAUUUUUUUCCUCAUGGUUUUCCUAUUUUUUGUGGCAUAAUAGUGAUUGUGGAGACUAUUGAAAAGGAAGCAAAUGACACCGUCUUUCUGAGUAUUUUACUGUUGAUAAAGCCCUUCUAUUUGUUUCACAAGCAAGAUGAUUACUUAGUAAUGUAAUAUAUGUAUACUGAAUUACUGAUACAGGAAAUAGUAAAUUUGUUGUGAACUAUGUAUGGCAAAAUUUAUCAGCUUCCUAGUUUGUUAUA